CAGAGGGUGGAAACCCAUGAACAAAAAAAUACCUUAUCCUUAAGCUUACUCAUGGCUUCACUCAUGGUGGGUGCUAUCCCUAUGACCCCUCAAGCUCUCAACUUUGGCUCUCGCCUGUCUUAUUCUCAAUCGCAAAUCUCUCUUUGCCAUUCAACCUCUUCACUUCCACUCUCCACCGCCAGAACUUCAGUCCCAUUUGUGUACUGUGGAAGAGGGGACAGGAAGACUGAAAGAGGGAAAAGAUUCAACCACUCAUUUGGAAACGCGAGGCCUAGGGAUAAGAAGAAAGGGAGAGGACCACCAAGAAUACCAGUUCCUGGUGCUCCACCUAAGAUAGAUAAGUCUGUUGAUGAUGAGGUUGUCAAGAUUGAAAUUGAUGAGUCGCUUGGUUAAUAUGGAUUGCAUUACGCUUUAUUUGGUUAUUGUUUCUUUUUUUUUCCCGUUUUGUUUAUUUCUUUAACUUUGUAAUUGCUAAAAUCUUUCUUGUUGUUAAAUUAGUCUGUAAGAACCUGCUAAUUGCAUGUUGCAAUUUCGUAUGUUAAUCUGCUUUUCGAGUUC